AUGCCUCGUUCCUUUCUUGUUAAGAGCAAGAAGGCGGGGUCUUACAGUGGACGCUCCGCCCACCUGUACACGGAUCGUCAUGAGACUCCCUCUGGGAGACUGAUUGACAUCACAUUGACUGGUAGGAAUACUCCAUCUGAAAUCAGACAGCUGCAGCCCACUGAGGCGGUUACGGUCACCGGCCCUGUGGACUAUAACUCUCGCCAAUGGGUCCCCAUGACAGCCAGUCCCCAAACUGCUCCAGACACAGUCCACUGGUUGCCUUGGUCUGCAGAUAACAAGUCCAGAGAGGAGAAUGGCCCUGUUCAGAGUGCGCUGUCGUGGUCUCCAGAUUUUCCCGAUGUCCCUGACAGAGACAGAGAGCUGGAGAGACUGGUGCAUGCGUUGCUGAGCCACAGACAACUGAUGAACGUCAAAACGCCGCUGUGCGAAUGUCCGCUCUGCGAGAAGGUGUUGUCUUCAGCAGUUGGGUUGGUGACGCAUCUGCGCAGGUCACAUGUCAACAGGAUAGCCGUCCCAUUGGGCAACUCUCCAAAUGACCCCAGUCAAAUGUACAGUUACAGACCUCCUGCUGGUCUCUAUGGCAGAGUUAAGGAGCGGAGUUUCGGCUGUAAGGUUUGUGGAAAGGUGUUUAAGCGUUCCUCCACCCUUUCCACACACCUGCUGAUACACUCCGAUACAAGACCAUAUCCCUGCCAGUACUGUGGCAAGAGAUUCCACCAGAAAUCAGACAUGAAGAAACACACCUUCAUUCACACAGGAGAAAAACCUCACGUGUGUGUGGUGUGUGGUAAGGCUUUCAGUCAGAGCUCCAAUUUGAUUACACACACCAGGAAACAUAGUGGAUAUCGGCCCUUCAGCUGCGCUCAGUGCUCUAGAAGCUUCCAGCGCAAAGUGGAUCUACAGCGCCACCUGGAGCUGCACUGUGGGAAUAGUGAAGUGUGA